GUUUGUAUGACUGUCCAAGAUGGCAGCGCUAUUAGGACUCCGUGCCUGCGUCUCCGCUCUUCAACUGUCCUCACCGAGCAUUGUGCAGAGCUCAUUUAAACUAUGUGCUCUACCUCUGAGUCGGCGGACCUUCGCUGCAGAGGCUAAGAAGAUUUACAGCAGAGACAAGCCCCACGUCAACGUUGGAACCAUUGGACAUGUCGAUCAUGGCAAGACCACCCUAACUGCAGCCAUAACAAAGGUACUUGCUGAUGCCGGUGGUGCCAACUUUAAAAAGUAUGAGGAUAUUGACAACGCCCCUGAGGAAAAGGCCCGAGGAAUCACCAUCAACGCCUCUCAUGUUGAAUAUACCACAGCCAACAGACAUUACGCUCACACAGACUGCCCCGGUCAUGCUGACUAUGUCAAGAACAUGAUUACAGGCACUGCUCAGAUGGACGGCUGCAUCCUGGUGGUGGCGGCCACUGACGGCCAGAUGCCCCAAACGCGUGAGCACCUGCUGCUGGCGAGGCAGAUCGGGGUCGAGCACGUGGUGGUGUUCAUCAACAAGGCGGACGCGGUGGAGGACAAGGAGAUGCUGGAGCUGGUGGAGAUCGAGAUUCGUGAGCUUCUUACAGAGUUCGGCUACGACGGCAACAACACGCCUGUAGUGAUAGGCUCUGCCCUCUGUGCUCUGGAGGGUCGUGAGCCAAAGCUUGGAAUCAGUGCAGUCAUUAAACUGCUGGAGAUUGUGGAUUCGUAUGUUCCAUUGCCCAAAAGAGAACUGGAAAAGGCGUUCCUUCUGCCUGUCGAAGGUGUUUAUUCUAUCCCAGGCAGGGGGACGGUAGUGACCGGCACCAUGGAGAGGGGCAUUAUUAAGAAAGGGGACGACUGUGAGUUUGUGGGUCACAAUCGCAGCUUCAAAUCUGUGGUUACAGGCAUCGAGAUGUUCCAUAAAUCUCUGGAACGGGCUGAGGCCGGAGACAACCUGGGUGCUCUGGUCCGAGGCCUGAAGAGGGAGGACGUGAAAAGAGGGAUGGUGAUGUGUAAGCCGGGAUCGAUCAAGCCUCACCAGAAAGUCAACGCUCAGGUGUAUGUUUUAAGUAAAGAGGAGGGAGGACGACACAAGCCGUUUGUCACCAACUUCAUGCCGGUGGUGUUCUCCUUAACGUGGGACAUGGCCUGCCGAGUCACUCUGCCUUCUGGCAAGGAAAUGGUGAUGCCGGGGGAGGACACCUCAUUGACCCUCACGCUCCGACAACCAAUGGUCCUGGAGAAAGGUCAAAGGUUCACUCUCAGAGACGGCAACAGAACUAUCGGCACUGGCCUGGUGACGGACAUCCUGACAAUGACAGACGAAGACCAGUGGGUCUCAUAAGAAGGUGUAAAGGGAACUCGGGGUUGAGGGGGGCAGGGGGUAUUUGGCACGAACUUAAUGGAAGGUGGUUGUCUGUGUCUGCCUCAGUGAAAUAUUGUAAUCCCCCAAAUUGCAAAUACACAGGAUACUUUACAGCUUCAUCCCAUAUGUUGCGAUAUUACAUUCAUCCCAAAUAUUUGUAAAGGGCCAGGCCGCUUCAUGUCAUUUAUAUAAUAAAAUUUUAUUAAAUAACAACUUCAGUUUUUAUUAGUUUUUUUCCCCCCUCCCACCUAUAAGCAAACACUCAUGUGAAACAGGACAAAUGUCAGUACUUAGUUCACUACGUCAACACACGAGGGCAGCAAAGAGGCUUUGAGCGCCUUUUUGGAAUCGUACCACUGGAUUUCAGUUAGUACUGUCUUGGUGUAGAUUAGUUAAACCAAGAUUGAUUUGUAAAUACUAUAUUUAGCUUUUCUCUAUAUAUAGGAUGGUUAUUCAAUCAAUGUGAAUUAAAAAAUAACAGCAUGUCCAAAUAAACAGUUUGAAUUUGCACAUGAAAAAGACCAUUCUCUUGUUGUAUGUGAUGCUGCUCCAUGUGUGUUAAAGUAGCAGUGUAUGAAGGUUUAUAAUUACCGUAACGUGCAUACUAACCCCCAUUAGGCUUGUCUAGGGAGCAUUAAGAGUUAAUAUAUGGUGGUUCAUCAUUUUGGUGUGUAAAUAUACAAUGUUUAAUUCUCUUUUGUUUUACGUGUCACUUUUACAGUGAACUUCAACAAGCAGUGAAAAUUAAACAGCUUGAAGCAAGCAUGCAUUGCUCUUAUUUGGCGAACUUUACAAGCGAGAGAGUAAGAACAAAGGAAUACAGUACAUAAAAAAAAAAAACACUAAAUAUAUUACUACUAAUCCAACUAAGGAAUACAUUAAAAAGUGUGUUAAGUUCAAGUGUGUUUUAAUAAGUUUAAAUUUGUUUAAAGCAUGUUGGAGGGGUUUACCAAUUUAAAAAAAAAAACAAAAAAAAAUAGUCCCUCUAUAUCAGAUUUUCACCUAUUGUGCGCGGGUCUGGAACGCAUUCCAUGGAACAAACGAGGGUUCACUGUAUAUACUGUACAUACAUUGGCUUGCAAUUGCCUUGAUGUUCUGUGUGUGUGUGUGUUGGUGGGCUCCAGUUUUGCUAUAGUCAAGUAGGUUGUUCAGGUACCUUGAGUCUUUUUUUUUUUUUUUUUUUUUUUUUCUUGUUUUCUGACAACUUUUUGCUCCCUAUGUCAAUACGUUGCAGUUUUUUACAAUAGAUGAAAGAAGCAAGAUACAGUUUUUCCCAUCCAUGGCCUUAUUUAACAGAUUUGUUUGAUGUUGUCUGGUCCAAGACUUGAUUUGUGGUUGAUUUCUGGUCCAAGACUUGAUUUGUGGUGAAUGUAUUAUGUUGUAUCAGCCUAAAAAACACUAGCUUCUAAAAAUUUUUUUCUGUCUAAUCUGAAAGAAGAAAAAAAACAAUACAUUUUUUUUUUACAGUUGUCAUUAGCAAAUUUAGCAUUUUUUGUUCAGAAUGUGAAUGGGAACACAUGAGUAAAUAGUGAUGAGUAAAUAAA